GGGACGAAAGAGGUUAUUUAUAUUAUCAUCUAAUCCGAAUUCAUCUCAAUUAGAUCGGAAUCUCUUGAAGAGAAGGUACAAUAUGAGAGUCAAAGACGAUUUAGUGGCGCGUUGUGAGAAUAGUGUGAGGCUCGACGACAGAGUCGCCCUCGUCACCGGCUCCACCUCCGGUGUGGGAGUCGACGUGGCCACCCAACUGGCAGAACGUGGGGCGAGAGUGAUCAUAACCGGUCGCAAUGCUACCAAAUUGGAAGAAACCAGAUCCCGUAUAGUUAAUACUACGGGAAACGAUAACGUUGUUGCCAGACAAGUAAGUUUCGAAUCUCUGAGCUCAAUAAGAAGUUUCGUCCACCAAAUGUACAUCCACGAGGCGAAGUUGAACAUACUGAUCAACAACGUCGGAGCAAUAGGACUCGAAGAUCGUCGGACCGAGGACGACAUACACGUUAUGAUGCAGGUCAAUUACUUGGGAACCUUUUUAAUGACGUUUCUACUUUUCCCGCUCCUAAGAGCGUCGGCGCCGAGUCGAAUAAUAAGCGUGUCUUCUUUAGCUGUACUGCUAGGUCACAUAGAUUUUGACCAUAUGAACGACGUGGGGCGAUUUUCGAGCUUCGGUCUGUACUCAAACGCGAAGCUAGCAGACGUUCUCUUCACCGUCGAGAUGAAUAAAAGGAUCGGCGGCAGCGGCGUCAGUGUGUUCAGCCUGGACCCGGGACUCGUUAAAACGGAUUUCCUGAGGAAUUUCCAGGAGACACCGUCCCGAAUGUUCUUGUCUUGGACCCUGUUUGUGAUGGGGGAGUCUACGAAUCGGGCGGCCACUGCGUACGUCUGGUUGGCGUCUGAAGAAAAAGUUGUGAACUCCAGUGGGAAAAAUUUCCUAUAUUGUAAGGAGUUCUACAGUAGUUGGUUUGCUGAAGACGCGGAACUCACUAGAAGGCUGUGGGAAGAGUCUAAGAGGUUAGUUAAAAUAACAGAUGAUGAAGAUUGGGAAUUAAAUAACUUCUAAGUAAAUAAAUAAUAUUUUACUGAAAAUGCCAGUAACGAGUUACUGAAACCCGUGUUAAACAAUGUAA